CGCGGCGCCCGCGGGAAGGGGCUGAGCCGCCCGCCGCCGCCCGGAUGGGGAGCCUCGCCGCGCUCGCCCUCAGCCUGCUCCUGCGGCUGCAGCUGCCGCCGCUGCCCGGCGCCCGCGCGCAGAGCGCCGCAGGUGGCUGUGCCUUUGAUGAGCACUACAGCAACUGUGGUUAUAGCGUGGCCCUGGGGACCAAUGGUUUUACCUGGGAGCAGAUUAACACGUGGGAGAAACCAAUGCUGGACCCAGCGGUGCCCACAGGAUCCUUCAUGAUGGUGAACAGCUCUGGGAGAGCCUCUGGCCAGAAGGCCCAUCUUCUCCUGCCUACCCUGAAGGAGAAUGACACCCACUGCAUCGAUUUCCAUUACUACUUCUCCAGCCGCGACAGGUCCAGCCCAGGAGCCUUGAAUGUCUAUGUGAAGGUGAACGGUGGGCCCCAGGGGAACCCUGUCUGGAACGUGUCUGGGGUCGUCACUGAGGGCUGGGUGAAGGCAGAGCUUGCCAUCUCCACAUUCUGGCCACAUUUCUACCAGGUGAUAUUUGAAUCCGUCUCUUUGAAGGGCCAUCCUGGCUACAUCGCUGUGGACGAGGUGCGGGUCCUCGCGCAUCCUUGCAGAAAAGCACCUCACUUUCUGCGGCUCCAAAACGUCGAGGUGAACGUGGGGCAGAACGCCACGUUUCAGUGCAUUGCUGGUGGGAAGUGGUCCCAGCAUGACAAACUUUGGCUCCAGCAAUGGAACGGCAGGGAUACUGCCCUCAUGGUCACCCGCGUGGUCAACCACAGGCGCUUCUCGGCCACGGUCAGCGUGGCCGACACUGCCCAGCGGAGUGUGAGCAAGUACCGCUGUGUGAUCCGCUCCGAUGGUGGCUCCGGUGUGUCCAACUACGCUGAGCUGAUUGUGAAAGAGCCUCCUACACCCAUCGCCCCCCCAGAGCUGCUGGCCGUGGGGGCCACAUACCUGUGGAUCAAGCCAAAUGCCAACUCUAUCAUUGGGGAUGGCCCCAUCAUCCUGAAGGAGGUGGAAUAUCGCACCACCACGGGCACCUGGGCUGAGACCCACAUAGUCGACUCUCCCAACUAUAAGCUGUGGCAUCUGGACCCUGACGUGGAGUACGAGAUCCGGGUGCUACUCACACGACCGGGAGAAGGGGGCACGGGGCCCCCAGGGCCCCCCCUCACCACCAGAACCAAGUGUGCAGACCCAGUGCACGGCCCGCAGAACGUGGAGAUCGUGGACAUCCGAGCCCGGCAGCUGACCCUGCAGUGGGAGCCCUUCGGCUAUGCAGUGACCCGCUGCCACAGCUACAACCUCACUGUGCAGUACCAGUACGUGUUCAACCAGCAGCAGUACGAGGCCGAGGAGGUCAUUCAGACCUCCUCCCACUACACUCUGCGGGGCCUGCGCCCCUUCAUGACCAUCCGGCUGCGGCUCCUGCUGUCCAACCCCGAGGGCCGGAUGGAGAGCGAGGAGCUGGUGGUACAGACGGAGGAGGAUGUUCCAGGAGCUGUUCCUCUGGAAUCCAUUCAAGGCGGGCCCUUUGAGGAGAAGAUCUACAUCCAGUGGAAGCCUCCCAAUGAGACCAAUGGGGUCAUCACACUCUAUGAGAUCAACUACAAGGCUGUUGGCUCCCUGGACCCAAGUGCUGACCUCUCCAGCCAGAGGGGGAAAGUGUUCAAGCUCCGGAAUGAAACCCACCACCUCUUUGUGGGUCUGUACCCAGGGACCACCUACUCCUUCACCAUCAAGGCCAGCACAGCAAAGGGCUUUGGGCCCCCCGUCACCACUAGGAUCGCCACCAAAAUUUCAGCUCCGUCGAUGCCUGAAUAUGACACAGACACCCCUCUGAAUGAAACAGACACAACCAUCACGGUGAUGCUGAAGCCCGCUCAGUCUCGGGGAGCACCUGUCAGUGUCUAUCAGCUGGUUGUCAAGGAAGAGCGGCUUCAGAAGUCACGGAGAGCAGCUGACAUCGUUGAGUGCUUUCCGGUGCCUGUGAGCUAUAGGAAUGCCUCCAGCCUUGAUUCUCUGCACUACUUUGCUGCUGAAUUGAAGCCCGCCAACCUGCCUGUCACCCAGCCAUUUACAGUGGGUGACAACAAGACAUACAAUGGCUACUGGAACCCUCCUCUUUCCCCUCUGAAAAGCUACAGCAUCUACUUCCAGGCACUCAGCAAAGCAAAUGGAGAGACCAAAAUCAACUGUGUUCGUCUGGCUACGAAAGCGCCAAUGGGCAGCGCCCAGGUGACCCUGGGGACUCCACGCUGCCUCCUCACCACAGGUGCCUCCACUCAGAAUUCUAACACCGUGGAGCCAGAGAAGCAGGUGGACAGCACCGUGAAGAUGGCCGGUGUGAUCGCCGGCCUCCUGAUGUUCAUCAUCAUUCUCCUGGGCGUGAUGCUGACCAUCAAAAGGAGAAGAAAUGCUUAUUCCUACUCCUAUUACUUGAAGCUGGCCAAGAAGCAGAAGGAGACGCAGAGUGGAGCCCAGCGGGAGAUGGGGCCUGUAGCCUCAGCCGACAAACCCGCCGCCAAGCUGGGCACCAGCCGCAACGAUGAAGGCUUCUCCGCUAGCUCCCAGGACGUUAACGGAUUCACAGAUGGCAGCCGCGGGGAGCUGUCCCAGCCCACGCUGACGAUCCAGACCCACCCCUACCGGGCCUGCGACCCCGUGGAGAUGAGCUAUCCCCGGGACCAGUUCCAGCCCGCCAUCCGGGUGGCUGACCUGCUGCAGCACAUCACCCAGAUGAAGAGAGGCCAGGGCUAUGGGUUCAAGGAAGAAUAUGAGAAAGAUCUCUCUGAUUACAGUGGAGAAUGGAUUGAAGGGGACAAAACGAAAGCAAGAGAAACCAGUGAGGAGACUCAUGGGAAAGUAUUUCUCCAGGCCUUACCAGAGGGGCAGACUGCUUCGUGGGACACAGCCAAAGAGGAUGAAAACCGCAAUAAGAAUCGAUACGGGAACAUCAUCUCCUAUGACCAUUCCCGAGUGCGGCUGCUGGUGCUGGAUGGAGACCCACACUCCGACUACAUCAAUGCCAACUACAUUGAUGGAUACCAUCGACCUCGCCAUUACAUUGCAACUCAGGGUCCCAUGCAGGAGACCGUGAAGGACUUUUGGAGGAUGAUCUGGCAGGAGAACUCAGCCAGCAUCGUCAUGGUGACAAACCUCGUGGAGGUGGGCAGGCACCCAGCGGAACACACUGUGGGAAAUGCCACUCUAGGCCGUGCGGCGUCCCCCGGAAUGGUGAAGUGUGUGCGAUACUGGCCGGAUGACACGGAGGUCUAUGGAGACAUUAAAGUCACACUGAUUGAAACAGAGCCCCUGGCAGAAUAUGUCAUUCGCACCUUCACAGUCCAGAAGAAAGGCUACCACGAGAUCCGGGAGCUCCGCCUCUUCCACUUCACCAGCUGGCCCGACCACGGUGUCCCCUGCUAUGCCACUGGUCUCCUGGGCUUCGUCCGCCAGGUCAAGUUCCUCAACCCCCCUGAGGCUGGGCCCAUAGUGGUCCACUGCAGUGCUGGAGCUGGGAGGACUGGCUGCUUCAUUGCCAUUGACACCAUGCUUGACAUGGCCGAGAACGAAGGGGUGGUGGACAUCUUCAAUUGUGUGCGUGAGCUUCGGGCCCAGAGGGUCAACCUGGUGCAGACAGAGGAGCAAUACGUGUUUGUGCAUGACGCCAUCCUGGAAGCGUGCCUCUGCGGCAACACAGCCAUUCCCGUGUGCGAGUUCCGCUCUCUCUACUACAACAUCAGCAGGCUGGACCCCCAGACCAACUCCAGCCAAAUCAAAGAUGAAUUUCAGACCCUCAACAUUGUGACUCCCCGUGUCCGGCCCGAGGACUGCAGCAUCGGGCUCCUGCCCCGGAACCAUGACAAGAAUCGGAGCAUGGAUGUCCUGCCCCUGGACCGCUGCCUGCCCUUCCUCAUCUCGGUGGAUGGAGAAUCCAGCAACUACAUCAAUGCAGCACUGAUGGACAGCCACAAGCAGCCUGCCGCCUUUGUGGUCACCCAGCAUCCUCUACCCAACACCGUGGCAGACUUCUGGAGGCUGGUGUUCGAUUAUAACUGCUCCUCCGUGGUGAUGCUGAAUGAGAUGGACACUGCUCAGCUCUGUAUGCAGUACUGGCCCGAGAAGACCUCCGGGUGCUACGGGCCCAUCCAGGUGGAGUUUGUCUCUGCAGACAUCGAUGAGGACAUCAUCCACAGAAUAUUCCGCAUCUGCAACAUGGCACGGCCACAGGAUGGGUAUCGCAUAGUCCAGCACCUCCAGUACAUCGGCUGGCCCGCCUACCAGGACACACCACCCAACAAGCGCUCUUUGCUCAAAGUGGUCCGCCGGCGGGAGAAGUGGCAGGAGCAGUACGACGGGCGGGAGGGACGCAGCGUGGUGCACUGCCUAAACGGGGGAGGCCGCAGUGGAACCUUCUGUGCCAUCUGCAGUGUGUGUGAGAUGAUUCAGCAGCAAAACAUCAUUGACGUGUUCCAUAUCGUGAAAACGCUGCGUAACAACAAGUCCAACAUGGUGGAGACCCUGGAACAGUAUAAAUUUGUAUACGAGGUGGCACUGGAAUAUUUAAGCUCCUUUUAGCCCAGCGGGAUGGGGAACCUGCUGGAAUCCACAGGCUGCUGCAGCCAAGCCCCCUUUUCUGUGAAUGGCAGUGACUGGGCUCAGGGGCAAAGAGGCACCUGCCCAACUCCAAGGAGAAGACUGGUGGUCCCGUGGCCGUGGUGGGCUCUGCACUUUCUGAGGGGUCUCCUGUGGCUGUGGGAGAUGCUGCUCUGAAAGGCCCAGGCUUCCCUUCUGCACCGAAGCAGCCACAGCCAUGGAAGUGCAUCCGUGGCAAGGCCCUGGAUUUUUUGGUUCCCAGACCUCUUGCUUUCGCUCCUUUCGAGUUUGUGACUCUCAUGGCAGGCCGACUGUGUGGGCGUGGGGAGUGACAGUCUCCGCUGCCCAUGGGAGGGUAGGGGAUGCACGUUCUGCUCCUCUGUGCUGUCCUGGAAAUGAUGGGGCCCUCCUGCCCACUGCAGUCUCCUUCAGGGACCUUUGGCACUGCACCCCUUCCAGUCCGGAUCAGUGUGACCUUGGGACACUUCCAAAUACAGCAGAAGUCCCCGCCCUCACACCUACCCUGCAUGGGGCCUGGCCCACUGCCACUCUGCACCCCUUCCCCAGCCUGGUCCCUGGCCUGUCAUUCUCUGGCCAGCCCACUGUGUCCACAACCACUCUUUGAUAAAGGUUUUCUUUGCUUGUGUUUGUGGUCAGUGGGAGGGAGAGUAGAGCCCUUUGCUGCUCCUCCUUGUCCUUGUGAAAAGCAGCUACCCCCCUGGGGCAGGGGCCUUGCUGACCCCAGUCUCUCGGGUGGGAGCUUUGUUUGGGAGGGACAAACGAGAUUUGAUUUUCCAGAGUGUAUGUGAAAAGAAACUUUCUUUUGGGGGGUGUAAAAUCCUAGUCUUUUUUUGUCAAAAUGGAAAGAGAAGGGAUGUGUAGCUAUAAGACACAUCUCUCAGGCCUAUCAUCUUUCCUGGCUGAGACUAGCUCUGAAUGUUCUUCAAAGGUCCCCCCCCGUGGGGCAGCACAGCCAUUGAGCAAGGGAAAAGUGAGCAGGUCUGCAGACCGUCCCUCCAAGUUCUGUUCAGAUAAAGAACCAGCUUUGUGCAUAAUCUUGCAUCUCCAUACUCGAACUUCUUACUAAAGAAACCCAGCUGCCAUCUCGGAAAAGGUCACUGUGUACCCAGUUAUACUUUAGUUGAAAAUAAAGCCAAAGGAGAUCAUGCCUGGGGACCUAGGGUCUUACCCAAAGUCUGGGUGAGUCUAUGACAAGGGCCCAACUGUUGCUCGGCAUCUGUCGUGUGCCAGGCUUGGCACAUCCCGCAUCUUGCUUAGAACCCCCACAUGAGAGCCGUCAGCUGGUAUCACUCCACUGUCCAAUGGGGGAAACUGAGGCAUCUCCCUCAGUGAUGACAAUCUGGGUUCCGUAAAGGCAGAUAACGACAGAGACUUAUUUGUACUGUUCUCUUCAUCUUUUGUCAGUCAAGCAAUUCUUUUAUGGAGAGAAAAUAAGAUCAGGAACUUCUGAGCAGAAAACUCCACCAUGGAACUAUAAUUUCUUUCAGAUGCCAUUUCUUCUGGGAGACCCAGAAUUUCAGAUAUAUUUUAGCAACUCAUUCCAGCUCCCCAGGAAAGCUAGUCUCAGCUAAUUUCUUAGCCAGUGAGAACAGUUCCCUGUUCCCUCAGGCUGGGAGGUCUGACAGCUGAGGACACUGUCUCCACCUUGGCCUCUAGCCUGUGCUAAGGCACAGUAUCUGGCGGGCUUGGGGUGGCCUGCCAUCCAGGACGCUCCAACUUGGAGGCUGGUCGAACCUCAGACAAGGCAUGAGGAGCACAGAAUUCAAUAAGGCACAGCUUUUGCUCUCAAGAGGUCACUGUAAAUUGGGGAAGUUGAACCUCACUGCAGUGGGGCUUAAGCCUCUGCAUGCUAUUUGAGCGUAAGAUCAAGAGAGACUGCCUAGGGCUUCCUAGAGGAGGUGACAGCCAUUCCAGCUGGGUCUCAACAGGUAGAAAAGGAAGAAGGGAAUUUCAGGCCAAGGAAUUAAGCAUUUGCAAUGGCAAAGACGUGAGAAAAGGCCUGGGGUGGGGUGGCAGAGUAUGGAGGGAGGUGGGCCCAGCUGGAGCAUAGCACAGCAGGUAUGGCGGGAGGUGAGUGCAGGUGCGCCCCUGUGGGCAUCAAGGAGCCCGCAGAGCUUUUGAGUGAUGCGCUCGAUUCAGUGUUGGAGAAGGUUCACUCUGGGGCCAGUGAGGCCGCCUCUUUUCCUAUCAUCAGACACUGUGAAAACAUUCCCUUAAGUGUAUACUUUUUAAUAACACAUCUAUUUGUCUGUCUGCUCAUAGUUUUGUUGCUGGAACAAAAUGUGCAGUGGAGCAUGAGACUCAGCCUCUGCCUCAUGGUCUCUGCUCUACCACGGGGCCGAGUGACUGAGCCAGGCCUGCAGACUUAUGAGGAUGGGUGUGAAAGGAGCUCUCAGAAGCUGCUCUCGUUGGCACAGGCUCAGGAGCUGUCUGGAUGUCCCUGGACACCAGGCUUGAUCAAGGCAGGCUGUCACUUUGGGGGUUCAUAAGGAAGUGAAGGGAGGCAAAGGAGACCCCCAGUGAAUCCAUUCUUCUCCUCUGAUGGGCCCCUUCCUGGGUGUGCCUGAGCAGGUCCCCAGGCCCUCCAUGGUCCUGCUGGCUUCCCCUGCCUCCAGUCCAUGCCUCCAGCAGCUUGUAAUAUAUGCUCUUUUCUCAGAUCCUGGCUCACCCAUACAGAAUUGGGAGGGAGAGGCGACUGACACAAAUCCUAGCAGUUAUUCCAAUAUGUGACUUUAGGGAGAAGGAAAUCAGCAAAAAAACUCAGGCCAUGGUACAGUAACCAACUCAACACCCCCCUCCAAUUUCCUCACAACCCAGCCACCCUGCAAAGAAGGCAGGGCAGGGAACAGGUCCUGGGCCAGUUUGCACAAGAAGAAACAGGCUCGUGGAUGGGGCUGUCCUCCCUAAGAUCCCUCGUGGCAGGAGCUUGGAUGAGAUGGGGCACCUGUGCGCAGGAAUUUGCACUGGCCCCUCCCCUGGGAAAUCUCCUGAGCAAGCUCCACCUCCGUGGGGGCAUUCUCCCCGCAGCGCACUCUUAGGGUGGGCUCACCUCUCAGAGGAAACUAGUAUCAAUGCUCUGGGAGUCUCCACAACGCGGCCUCUCAGCUCCAGGGUACCAGAGAGCCCCUCCUUACUACAGAGCUCCAUGGUUCUCACCUCCUAGUUAUGGACCCUGUUUGGAGGCAAUGUGAGGAGUUAAUGAGAAUCCGGGAACCAUCCCAGGUUGCAUAUGCAUAUGGCCUGGAUGUAGUUUCCGGGUGUAUCUCACUGUUCUGCAACAUCGUUAGGGUUCACCCAGCUCACCAGACGGAGAUCCUGGAUCUGUCUGGGGCCUCUGGGCCUCUAGAUGACCAGGGCAGGCCUCCCUUUGUGGGAACAGAAGGCAACAGCUUGCAGGUAGUACCAGCAGCUCUGUGCUGGGCACUCUAACAUGUGAGUUCACUGAAUUCCUCCAACAUCCCUAAAAGGUGUUUGUGAUUGUCACAGAUGAGGAAACUGAGGCUCAGAGGGGAGACACCACUUACCCCAUAGUUCCACAGUCAGGGGACGAGGAUUUAAAUUGAUUCCUCAGACUUCAGAGACAGGAUUGUCCCACCGUGUCUCAGAUUUUCCCUCGGGGCACCCCUUAACAGCAAAGACUACAGUGAAAGAGAUUACCCCGUGGAUCUUGUAAAGCCCAAAGCAGAUCAUGGUAAGCUUAAAAUUCCUUUACAGUUUCAUGUUUUACAACCAUUCAUACAAUAUUUGCAUUCCACUCUAUUUGCCUGAUUUGCUUUAAUAUGACUAUAUAAAUAUUUUUCUAAACCAUAUGCCCUGUCCCUCAUAUGGCUUUGAUCACCUCAACUCACUACAAUGGUCCCUAGGAAACUCUAUCCCAGUCUGCAGGGCAUAGUGCCUGGCCAUGCUGCUGCCCCAUGAGGCACCUAUGGUAUGCAGGGCCCUGGAGGGGGCACUGCCAGGAUGCACAGGCUACUAUGGCACUGUUCAUCCCGUGGUGAGGAAAGGUGUGGUGGUGGAAAGAGCUAAGAUCCAGCCUUGCCAACCAAUUAGUGGAAAAAGAUGUGAAAAAAGGAGCCUCUGUUCAAAGGGGUAGAAUCAGAGAGCUCUGAACAGGGAGACAGAGGGGCCAGGCUAAGAGGUUGAGACCGCACAAGAAUACUCAGAACCAAAGAUGCUUAUGGACUAUUGGGCAAAGUGGUCACCUCUGUGACACAGCAUGACAGGUGGAGAAGGACUGGCCGGAACCACUUGGAGCCGGGGUGUUGCUUUGACCCUGGAACAAGUCUCAGAGUCUUGGAGAAAGGAUGAUAAUUUUCCCUCUGAGCAAUCACAUUUAUCCAUCAACCAUCCCUCGUGGCUAAGCCAGCUCCUGCUGUGUGUCCUCGCACGGCCUCUGGCGUGAAUCCCUGUUGUGUGCAUAGAGGUGUUGGUCUAGCAGAUGGCACAAGGGAGGCCAACAGAAGAGCAGUCAGGUGCUUAUCGUGUCAUCUCUGCAGGAGUGACUGCCCAACCCAGAUCCAGAGGCACUGCAGAGUGUGACAGUUCCCCUGCACGUCACUGCUCUGAAACAGAACAAAGCCACCAUCUCUUAGCCCUCAUCUGGCCACUCCUGGGCUGCCCAGACAGGCAAUCAGCACCAUGCUGAGUCAGGCGUAAUGUCAUGGAAAACGUGGGUCAGCAUGGAAAACGUGGGUCAGCCCAAGGAUAAGAGGCGCAGGAUGCUAAUGCUAACCGUAAGGCCAAUGGAUCCUGUUGGGCCAAGAUCCCUGGGUACAAAUGGUCAACCCAAGCUGCAGGGCCAGUCAGUGGAUGAGACAUGAGUCGCAUGGACGGCCAUAGCUUCUCAAGGCCCUGACUUGCCUUUCCCAUCAUUUAACUAGUCUAAGCUGCUUCUCAGCCAGUGAUGCCAGCUCCAAAUCAUAGCCAAGUAAAACACAGAAAUAGGCAAGGUGAAUCCAACUAGAGGAGACACCCUGAGAUUCAACCUUAUUCCUGUACUCCCAUGCAAGAGCUCCAUGUUGGAAGCGUUCCAUGUCGACAUAUCCAGAAGUGAUAACAUGCAGGGCCUUGGCCUCACCUAGCCAAGAUCUAUCUGCCUUUGAGGUCCUGUAUGGUCUGAGCAUCAGGGAGAGAAGUCAGUAGCCCUGAGUGGAGGGGGCAGUUCUACUCCUAUUUCUUCUGGCACAUAUUUCAGGGUUAUGGAUAUGAUCCUCAGAAGCACAGCGGAGAUGUCUAAGCCAUAUUCAUGCACAGGAGGCUCUCUUCCAGUUUAUUGGUGACCAGAGACAGACGUGUGCAUGGCACUGACUAUAUGAACCUCUUGUAUUGACCAAGACCAGCUCUUGCAAACCCCCUCCCCACCUCCAGAGAGAUGGAGAAAGAUCAUCAAAGGGGCCACAUUCACCCCCUGAAGUCUACCCUAAGGGGUAGUCAGCGCCUACAAUGGGAGAUACUGGGCCUGGCAUCCUAGCUGUCUCGGGAGUGGUCCGCUGGGGCUGAUUCAAGGGAUAGGGAGAGGCUCACCAUGUCAGGAGGCCUGUAGGGAAGAGCUGUUGGGCUGGAUCACCAUAGAGCUUCCUUCUCAAUCUGAGAGCUGCUCCAAGUGAUGGGAUUCAAAUCCUGAUCCUUGGUUGUAAUGUUCAGAGAAUGAGGGUCUGGGGGCCUUAGGGUGUUGGACAGGAAGAAUUGGUAUGAAAGCCUGGAGUUCAGGGUAAUCAGUGUAAUUCAUAGUUCUUAAAUUCAUGGUGGAUGGGAUUUUGAGAUUUGGGACAGAAGGGGAAUGUGAAGUAACCUGCCUGUACAACAAAUCAAGUCCCUGUACACAUACUUCAGUGCCUUUGGGCUUGUGAAUGCAAAUCAGUGGGCCUCCUACGUGAUGGUCCAACAAACUCUUAGUGCCCACCUGCCCCUCUCCCCCAUGGAAGAUUACCAAUGGGAGAUGUUCUUUGGGUUAAAGCCUCCAGGGUGGUCUGGAGGCUCAGAGGGAAAAGUGGUGUCAUCCAGGUCAAAUCAGGCUUCCAGAGGGUCAGGUGGAAUGCAAGUGCCCAUAUUCUCCAGUCUGUAGGUUAUUAGGCAAAUUCAAGCACAAUUUGCUAGUCCCAGGCACUCCCGCGAGUGGAACCAAGCCCGGCAGCGGAACUUAGUAACUGUAAGGAAGCACUUGCUCUCUGCCAGAGAGGAUGAGAUGGCCUUGAAGUUUCUUCCACCCUAGACGGGUGAGAUCCUAUGGAACUGGGACCAUGUUUGAACUCCUGUGUUCCUGCCAAGCACCAGCGUCUGCUUGGUUUGUGCAGGUUGAAGCUUCCUGCUCUCCUGCCUGAGUCUUCCCACCAUUCAGGCCAAGAUGCUGUUCUGGUCACACAUCCAGGGCUCACCCAGACUGGUUAUCACUAAACAGCCAGAGAGAGCCGCUGCUUUGCCAUAGACCCAGUGCCCAUCAAGAUCUCUGAUGAGACCAGCCAUAAUUCAGACCACUGACCAACAGAACAUCACAGACAGCCAGAACCAGUAAGUGUCUGUGCAGGACCCAGAGAAGGGCUUUGCUUACCGUACACAUUAUCUCCAGAGGUUAAGUCCACCCCCAUGCCCCACUCAAGGCCCUUGGAGCAGAUUGCAGAAGCCAAAGCACAGUGACCCAGUUGGCAUGUGAUUAUAAUUGGCCUCAGGGCAUCCAUUUCAUUGCCAGGUGGACCCUGGGCUAGCCCCGGGUUAAUCCAGGCUAACCCAUAUUGGCAAUCAGACUCAAAAGCACUUUUCUACCUUCUCUUUUCCCCCUACAUCCUACUAGCCAAUGAAAGGCAAAGCAUAGAAGCUUCUCCCUUGCCUGGGCAGCAGGACACCAUCAUAGCCCUCUAAGGGCCACCCUGGGGUUCCCACUCCACUCCAGGGAGGCUGACACUCUCACAUCCACUGGGCUUAUGAUACUGCAUGAGACCAAAGUCUCCACAUGGUUUUCAGCUCCCUCCAUGAGUCCCAGUGGCCUGCACUGUAUAGUUUGGGUGUUUGAUAGAUAAAGCACGUAUGAGAAGAGAAAACAAAAUAAAUCAACUACGAAAAAAAAAAAAAGCCAGCACCAUGCUGUCAAUGUUCUUUUUUUUCCCGUUUCCUUUCCAAUUCUGGCUGAGAAAAGCAGAAGGUAAAUAAUGUCGGGUCAAUGAAUAUCAGAUAUAUUUUUUGACUGUACCUUAUGGUGAAGUGUAAUCUUUUUACACCUGCAAGUCCAUCUUAUUUAUUCUUGUAAAUGUUCCCUGACAAUGUUUGUAAUAUGGCUGUGUUGGAAAUCUAUACAAUAAAGCUGUGACCCUGA